GCGUCUUGACAACUCCGUAAUCUGUUGCUGCACCACGCCGACGCCGAACUCCGAGUGAGCUGGUUCCGUCCCGCUCACCGCUCACUCUCACCCUCACCAUGGCCUUCACCAUGCACUCGCACUCGGGCCAAUUCUGCCCCGGCCACGCCAAGGACCAGCUCGAGGACAUCAUCCUGCACGCCAUCCGCAUCGGCUACAAGACCAUCGGCCUGACCGAGCACAUGCCGCGCACCGCUCUGUCCGACCUGUAUCCGGAGGAGCUCACCCCUUCCCCAUCCGAAUCCCUCGCGGCGCUCAUGCCGCGCCACGCCGCCUACCUCGCCGAAGCCGCCCGGCUGCAGGCCAAGUACGCGGCCCAGAUCCACGUCCUGAUCGGCUUCGAGGGCGAGUGGAUCCGGCCCGCCUACGGCCCCCUGAUCCGCGAGCUGGCCGCCCACCCGGCCGUCGACUACUUCGUCGGCUCGCUGCACCACGUCUGCGGCGUGCCCAUCGACUUCGACCGCGCCCACUACGCUCGCGCCGCGGCUGCGGCGGCGGCGGCCACCGGGUCCGCGUCUGAGGAGGAGCAGGAGCAGGAGGAGGCGCUGUACGCGGCCUACUUCGACGAGCAGCACUCCAUGCUGACCGAGGCGCGCCCCCGCGUGGUCGGGCACUUCGACCUCGUGCGGCUGCUGAGCGCGCAGCCGGGGCGGGAGAUCGCGCGGACGUGGCCGGACGUGUGGGCGCGGGUGGUCCGGAAUCUGGAGGUUGUCAAGGCGUACGGCGGCUGGCUGGAGUGCAACACGAGCGCGCUGCGCAAGGGGCUGGCCGAGCCCUACCCCAAGAGGGAGAUCGCGGAGGCGUGGACGCGGAUGGGCGGCCGGUGGACCUUCUCGGAUGAUAGCCAUGGGAUUGCGCAGGUGGCGACCAAUUAUGGGAGGGGGUUGGACUACUUGGAGGGGUUGGGCGUGAGGGAGCUGUGGACGCUGGAGCGGAGGCCGGCGACGGGGGCGGAGGGCGGGAAGGCGGAGCUGAUCGAGAAGAGCGUGCCCAUAGAGGAGUUUAGGGCGAGUCUGCGGCUGGAGGAGUGAAGAUGCCGGUGGUAUAUGCAGGCCGGCCUUUUAGAUGGGGAGUUUGAAGGAACAAUCUUUAGACAGGUAGGAGAGGCGGGAUCAUAUAGACGGUGAAACAAAA